AUGGAGGCCAUCAAGUUGCAGAAAAGGUACCCCAACUUUUCCCAGGAAGAGAUGAUGUCCCUUAUAUCGAAGUUCAAGCAGAUAGACAUUGAUGAUCGUGGAAGUCUUGAGCGACAGGUGGUACUCAAAGAGGUGCAGCAGCUGGAGAAUGCCUCAUAUGACCAAGUACGCGAAACACUCAAGGACGUCGAUCUCGAUGCAAGUGGCCGUGUAGAGCUUGAAGACUUUGUGGACCUUGUGUCUCGUUUGCGCAAAGGCAGCAAUGCAGAGGCUGGUGUCGUGUCGAAGGGCAAAGUGAUGGUCAAAGGCAGCAAUGCAUCGACGCAGCAUACGAUCAACGAAGACGAACGCAACGAAUUUACGCGCCACAUAAACUCGAGUCUAAGUGGUGAUGCGCAUGUCGGGAACCGCCUGCCGAUCCCAACUGAUACGUUCCAGCUCUUUGAUGAGUGUCGUGACGGCCUCUUACUUUGCAAGCUGAUCAAUUCGGCUGUGCCUGACACAAUUGAUGAGCGUGUAUUGAAUAUUGGAAAAGCUGGAAAAGGUCCAAAUGCGUUUCAAAUGACUGAAAACAAUAACGUCGUGAUCCAGUCCGCUAAAGCGAUUGGCUGUAGUGUUGUGAACAUUGGUGCUCAGGACAUCACAGAUGGUCGCGAACACUUGAUUCUAGGGCUUAUUUGGCAGAUUGUGCGUCGUGCGCUUCUCAACAAGAUUGAUUUGAAGCACCAUCCCGAGCUGUACCGCCUAUUGGAGGAGGGCGAAACGCACGAAGACUUUUUGAAGCUCCCACCUGACCAAAUUCUCCUGCGCUGGUUCAACUACCAUUUGAAAGCAGCCAACUGGCACCGAUGCGUUUCCAAUUUCUCGAAAGACGUUUCAGAUGGCGAAAACUACACGGUUCUUCUCUCACAAAUCAAGCCGGACAAAUGUGAUCGCGCCCCACUCCAUGAACAGGACCUACUCUCGCGCGCUGAAAUGGUGCUUCAGCGUGCCGAUGCGAUUGGCUGUCGCAAGUAUUUGACACCAGGCUCUAUGAUUUCUGGGAAUCCCAAACUGAAUCUUGCUUUUGUCGCACAUCUAUUUAACACAUGGCCAAGUCUCGAGCCAUUACAGGAGGCCCCGCCCGUUGAAGUCGAGGAAUUCGAUGCAGAGGGCGAAAGAGAAGCGCGCGUAUUCACUCUUUGGCUCAACAGCUUGGAUGUACAACCCGGUGUAUACAAUCUCUUUGAGGAUUUGAAGGAUGGAUAUGUUCUUCUGCAGUCGUUCGACAGGGUGCUUCCCGGCUCGGUCAUGUGGAAGCGGGUUUCUCGACCGAAAGAAGGCACUGCGCUCUCGCGCUUUAAGAUGGUCGAAAACACGAACUAUGUCAUUGAGCUAGCCAAAGCGAACAACAUGCAUAUCGUCGGAAUUCAGGGCGCGGAUAUCACCGACGGUGCCAAGACUCUCACACUGGGCCUUGUUUGGCAGGUGAUGCGUGCGAAUGUCACAGCUACACUUCAGGGUCUGUCGAAAAGCGGCAAGUCUGUUUCGGAUCUUGAGAUUUUGGAUUGGGCCAACAAACGCGUUAAGGCGUCCGGCAAAUCGACGCAGCAGAUUCGCUCUUUGCGUGAUCCAUCUCUUUCGAACGCAAAAUUCCUUCUUGACCUCCUGGAUACCCUUCGACCUGGUAUCGUUGACCAAUCUCUUAUCACGAAUGGAUGUACGGAGGAUGAGUGUCGAUUAAAUGCCAAGCUGGCUAUCAGCAUUGCACGCAAGUUGGGCGCCUUGAUUUUCCUUGUGCCUGAAGACAUUGUCGAGGUCCGCCAGCGUUUGAUUCUGACAUUCUUGGCCAGCCUGAGUACGUAUAGUAUACUUGAACAUCUAACUCAACAGUGUCACUACAAAAUUAAUUUCAUUCUUGUUAUAUAUCUGAGUAGAGCAAGCAAAAAAGUAUAUGCAAGCCUGAUAGUGGGCAUUAGUGAACAUGGCAACAGGGAUCCUAUAUCAGAAGAAAAUGUAUGUGAAUUAUAUUGUACUUGGUGA